UCAUGUAGUUUUCGUGUGGAUGCACAGUGACUUAAAAAAAAAAAAAUAUAUACAUCUUUUUUCAAGAUUCCUACAUCGCAUUUUGGUCUUACAGGCGUGGGAAUCCGAAAAUAAUAUGAAAACGGCCUCGAUGAUCCUGGCGGUACUCGCGGCCUUGGUAGUCCAAGGCGCGGCCAGGGAGUACGACUACUGUUACGCGUACGACAACGACCAUUACCUUCUCAUGGGCACCAAGACGGCUUAUCAGUUUGUUUACGGCAGGUCCCGGAUACCACCCGUUCCGAGCUGCACGCCCAUACAGAUAUGGAUAUUAGCGAGACACGGGACCCGCUACCCCGGCCGAGAAUUCAUAAGGCGCUUGCCCAAGCUCCUCAGUCUUCGGGACCAAAUAAUCAACGACAACGAGCCGUUCGGUAGGCUGUGCGGUGCCGAUCUUGAGUUUUUGAGGAACUGGAGACCCAAUCCGAACAUGAACGAGGCCAUGGCCGAUUUUUUGACACCCCAGGGCGAGCAGGACAUUAGACUGUUGGCCAAACGACUGCAGAGCGAGUUUCCCGAGUUACUGAGACCCGCACCUCAGAACAUCAAUCAGGAGAACUACAAGUUGCUUCAAGAUUCCAUCCAGUUGAUGUACGACAUGUGCCGGUACGAGAAAGCCUUGGAAAUCGACCGGUUGUCCACGUGGUGUUCCGUUUUCAGCAAAGACGAGCUCAAGACUCUGGAGUACCUGGAGGACCUCGAUUACUACUACUAUUCCGGCCCAGGGCGUGAAAUCAACACAAAACUCGGUUGUCCGCUCAUGAAGGAUUUGUUCGAUCAUUUCCGUAACUUGGAGCGUGGAAAUUUCAACAACGAGCCCAAGGGUGUUUUCUACUUUUCCCACACGGUAACGCUCCAGACGCUCCUGGACGCCCUGGGGACGAACAAGGACCCCACGCCCCUGAGGGCCGACAACUACCGGUCCAUGUACAAGAGGAGCUUCCGCACCUCGACCCUCGGCUCGUUCGCCUCGAAUUUGAUUGCUGUAUUUUACAGGUGCAGCGAUCCGCGAUCGCCGAACAAAGUGAUGUUCUACCAAAACGAGGCGCCAGUGCCACUGGACGGCUGCAGCGUCGGGCUCUGCGAUUGGGAGUAUUUGAAGGAAAAAUUCGGCGGAGCAGCGGACGAGUGUAGCCUAGAUUUUUGCUACAACACCGGUAGCGGAUUGACGGCAAGUUACGUCGCAUUGGCUGGACUGAUGUUGGCGAUCACACGUUUUGGCCUGUGAAUUGAUUUUUACGGCUCGAAUCUAUGUAUAUAUUAUGUAUUGCGUUGUUUCAUAAUAUUAUUCUGAGAUCGGAUGAUUUCUUCAACUUUGCUGCAGCGUGUCAAUUUUUUUACAUGGGUAAAUUCAUACGUACGACUUUUUAUUAUAAAGAAGAACAAAAAUUAACAGUAUUGCGUGUUUAUGUUAAAAUGCUGCAACGAACAAAUCUAGAUGGUAUUCACAGCAGAGAAAGUAUUAUUUUUUCAUACCUCGAAUUAAUUUGUUUCAACAUUCGGUAAUUGUUACAAGGGGGUUUUCGAGGAUUCUGUUCGAAUAUGAAUAAUUUGAAAAAUAAUAAAAUAAAUAAAAAAUAUCUUAAAAAAGAUCAGUACCUGUAAUUUUCACAGAAAACGUCGAGGAAAUGUAAUUAAAAAAAAAAAAAAUUUGAUUUAAAGUGA